AUGGGCAACGGAGAGAGCUCCCCGCGAAGUUAUGGCCAGCAGAUUCGGUUCUCUGAUGGGUACGCAGAAAGAGGCAACUUCGACAGGGAGCAACCUACGGCGGCGGGGCACACCGAGAGCAGAAACGCCACUCGGGGAUCCUCCUCGACGUCCAUUCCAGAUAAUUUCAGCUCCCUUGAUCAGGUAAUCUAUCCAAGGGUUGAGACAUUGUUGUGGGCAUCGAAGGGAGACACCUAGUAUCGUUGAAACAUAUGGAUAAGAAGAAAAAAAUAAAAAUGCUACGGAUUAUCCCAGGGUUCGAUAUGAAUUAGUAGUGAAGUCCUUGGAUCCAUAUCUUCCCACAUUAGUAAUGAAUGAUCAGUUAUUGCUUCCAUCUGGGCUUUGACUCUUGACUUGUUUGGAAUUGGAAAAUUUUCCUCGUGGCCUACAACUUGAGAAUUGACUUUUUUGGGGGUUGACUUCUGAACAUAAACUACUACAGUACUUUGACUUACUCUACGUCUGGUUACUAUUUUUCAGGUGACGUCUGCUUUGAGAGAUUAUGGCCUCGAAUCAUCAAAUCUCAUACUUGGCAUUGACUUCACCAAAAGUAACGAAUGGACGGGUAAAAUUUUCUGUCAUAAAAUAGAAUGCCACCUACCUGAACUCUACGUCUCUCCUUGGCUCAUUUGAGAUGGUCAACGCCAUUCCUCUAUGUCAGGUAGGCAUUCAUUCAACAGGAGAUCUCUUCAUGCGAUUAGCAGCACACCUAACCCAUACGAGCAGGCCAUUUCUAUAAUUGGCCGGACUCUGUAUCCUUUUGACGAGGACAACCUAAUACCAUGCUUUGGAUUUGGUGACGGUUAGUAUUUCUUCCCCCUAAUUCUUGCCCAUUACUCCUCCCUCCCACACACAAACACGCACACUUGAGCAUGCAUAUACCUUUCUCUCCCAUUCCAUCCAAGAAGCUAAAUCACCCUUCUUUUCUGACGGGUUCUUGGUUCUUUUCUAGCAUCCACACAUGAAAAAAAUGUCUUCAGUUUUUACCCUGAUCAUCACUAUUGCCAAGGCUUCGAGGAGGUCCUCGCCAGAUACAGGGAAAUCCUCCCGUUCAUUAAAUUGUCAGGUUAGUUUUCAUCUAUACACUAAAACUUCAUAUCAUCAAUACCAUAAUAAUGUUCUUGUUGAGGGUGGCCACCUUAAACUAGACGGUUGACUUCCCCCAGGACCAACCUCAUUCGCUCCACUUAUUUAUGCUUCAAUUGACAUUGUGGAGAGGAGCUGGCAGUACCACGUCCUUGUCAUCAUUGCAGACGGCCAGGUCAGCGCAAAGUUCUAAUGACUAUGUCCCCAUGCAGUGGAAUAGUGGUUUGGAGAUGUAUUGAUUUUUCUGUCUUCUAUGAAUCUUGCAGGUCACUAGGAACCCUGAUACUCCUCCUGGGACGUUUAGUUCACAUGAAAAGGAGACUAUCGAUGCCAUAGUUGCCGCAAGGUAAGCUCCAAUCCCUUUCGGAUCCUUCAAUUCCCUCUUCUUGAUCUCCCCCUGAGCCAUCUCCAUCUUUCAGUGCAUAUCCCCUUUCGAUCAUCAUGGUCGGUGUGGGCGAUGGGCCAUGGGACAUGAUGCAGGAGUUCGAUGACUACAUUCCUCAACGUUCUUUUGAUAACUUUCAGGUGAUUCUCUUCACAACUUUGUUGGUAUUUGUUCUAUGACUUUAGCUCCGUGGUAUCCUAUUUCAUGACGACUUGAGAGAAUUAUUGUCCCAUCCAUGAUGCUAGCUUGCGUCUCCCAUUGAGAAACUAAGGAAAUCACCAGGUGUAGAUGGUCAAACGGGAGAACUCUGCAGCCUUUUAAAGAAUAGCUUUCUUCCACAGACAUAAUGCCCAUAUUAGCUAUCCUCAUGCUGCUGUUUAUGCUAUUGACUUUUUUGACUUGGGCAGCAUAUGCCUACAAGGUUUUGCAUUCCUGUACACCCUUAUCUUCCUGAUCUGCUCUCAUCAGUGGACCAAGAAGCCACUAAAUCUAUAAAACAUCAAGAUGCAUUCAUAACCGGGAUGCAUAAUUGUGAAAGAAGAUUUACUCUGAAGUCAACUGGGUUGUAUGCUCACACCACAAACCUUGUUCUUCUGCACCAUGGCCAAUAAGUGGUGAUGUAGAUGCUGUAUUUCUACGUCGUUUUCCUGCCUAAUUAUCCUAGGAAUUUUCUUGCAGUUUGUGAACUUUACAAAGAUCAUGUCCGCCAACAUGGAGAUGGCAAAGAAAGAGGCAGCAUUUGCACUCGCAGCUCUCAUGGAGGUGCCAGUCCAGUAUAAAGCAACGCAGACCCUUAGGCGUUUCGAGUAGGCACCAUGACAUGAUACCCACCUUCCCUACUAAUUAAUCAGAAUCACGGAAUCCUUACACCCAUCCUUUGUGAUGCUUACAGGAGUAAGAGAGCAAAAGUCGGAGCUCAGCCUCUCCCACCGCCUCCUGAAGUCAUUGAACAUGACGAGAGGAAGUUGAUGAGCCAACCCAUGCCGGCAUUCCCUUCAAUGACCUACGGCGCUUCAAGCUCACGACCGACUCCCUUUGAGACUACAAGCCCAGCGCCAAGGGCCUACACUACAACUACGGAGCAGGUAUCUUCCUUGUUGCCUUGGAAGGCUUCGGUUCCCUAGUUGGGAGUAUUCGGCCUCUGACUGUUUUUCCUGUGCUUUACAGGCGUGCCCUGUCUGUUUAACCAACCCAAAAGACAUGGCAUUCGGAUGCGGCCAUCUGGUAAGCUUGCGAUUUAUAUAAACUACUGUUUUAAGCUCAGGGAGACAGUUUUCUAUCGUCACAGGGAUAUAAUCACCGUUAUCCAUCCUAAGAAGAAUGCCUCAAUCGCCUGAGCUAUUAAUGGAUUAAACUCCUAAGGAUUGAAUACCGCCAUAGAUUAUCCAUAUAUUUUGCAUCUUCUUCUCAUCCAGCUUUCUUCCAAGUCUGUUUGAUUUGUGGGGAUUUAGCUCUUCGGAGAAGGGGAGUCCUCUUUCAAACUCUUUGUGGCUGAUUAACCGAGCUGCCUGUUUUCUUUCUUUCCUUCUCCAGACUUGCAGGGACUGCGGUGUGAACUUGUCAACAUGCCCCAUGUGCCGAACCCCCAUAGUCACGCGCAUAAGACUCUACUCAUCCUAG